AUGACCGAUGGUGGUUGUGAUUACACGUUCGAGUGCAUUGGCAAUGUCAAACUGAUGCGACAGGCACUGGAAGCGUGUCACAAAGGUUGGGGUGUAUCGGUUAUCAUUGGAGUAGCUGCCUCAGGUCAAGAGAUUUCCACGCGACCGUUUCAGUUAGUUACCGGUCGGACAUGGAAAGGAUCCGCUUUCGGAGGAUGGAAAUCACGUGAUUCAGUGCCCAAACUGGUUGACUCAUAUAUGGCCGGUUCGCUCAAGGUGGACGAAUUCAUCACACAUCGAUUCCCAUUGGACCGGAUCGAUACGGCAUUCGAAGUUAUGCAUUCCGGUCAGAGCAUCCGUUCCAUGAUCGACUUCGAAUCACCCUCGUUGGAUUAG